CACUUCCGGCGUGGCUGGGUUGCUAGGGAACGCCGGCGGGCAGUAGGCGAGCGGCCUCUGGCCCAGGCAGUGCGGCGGCCCGAGCAUUCACCCCGCGGCCGCGCCAGUCACCGCCGGGUCGGACUGGACCGAGACAGGACGAGCGCCUCCCCUGCGGGCACACGAGCGAGGGACCGCGAUUCCCACGGACAGUGCUGCGUCGCCCCGGGAGAGCCCGGCCCGAGCCCGCGCCAUGUCCCGGCCCGCGGCGGCCCAGCGCAGCGCCUUCCAGGAUGAGCUACAAGAAGCAGUUUUUGCUCGUGCAGGAAGACAGCAAGCAGCUGACUACUCAGAUGACGUUGACACCGAUGAAGAUGGCAUGUUAAGCAGUACUGUGGAAGAACUUCCUGAAAGUAUAUCAGCUAUUGAAAAUUCACUUAAGAAGUCAGUUGAUUUCGAGGUUUCUUUCUCAGAUGAGGAGACCCCACAGAAAGUGAACCCUUUGAAAAAGGAAACUGCUGAUGACUUCUUUCCAACAACUGAUGAAGAGAAACCUCAACAAGCGAUCGUUGUGGAAAGUCAAAAUUUAAGUGAUUACAAAGAAGAUGAAAAUGUAUAUUUGCAAAGUCAGAACGUGGGUGAUGAUGACAGAGAAGUUGAUGAUAAGUUUUCAGUCACUGAAGAAAUUACUUAUGAUGGCAAAGAAGGUGACCAUCAGAAUGAGUUGCCUGUGGCUGAGCUGCAGACUAAAAGGGAAUCAGUUAUUGAAAAAGAAGAGGAAAACAAACCGGUACCAAAACCAAGAGAGCACAGAAUAAAAAAUGCAUCAUUUUCAGCUGAGAAUAUCAGCAUUCAUCUACUGGAAGAUCAUUGUAAACCAUUACCUCAACCAAGAAGUGUGUUAAGAAGGAGUAGCCCUGUGAAGGAUAAAGAUAUUACAAGAGCGGAAGAUAAGACAACUUCUACUGUUAGGUUAUCUUCAUUUUCUGCACCAUCCUCCCUCACUAGGUUGAAUGACCUAAUAACAUCUGAGAGAAGAGUACUUUCUGAAUGUCCUAGUCCUGAGGGUCCGUGGCUACCAAGCUCUUCACCAUCAUUACGUAUUCAUUUUCCUUCAACUGAUGAGAGAACUGGAGAUUCUGAUUUCUUGAUGUGUGGAGAAGGAUCUCUCCCUAAAGACCAUGUUGAGACAGAAGACAAGUGCAGUGAUUUGAUAUUAGAAGAUAAUGGUAGAAAAUCCCCCUCUGUGAUCGAACUUAUGAUGACUGCAGUGUAUGAGAAAACUAAAAAAUCACACAAAUCAACUGAUGACUCUCCUGAAGAAAAUUUGCAAACCUUGGAAAAGCAAAUGAUUAUCGAUGACAUAAAGGAGGUAUCACUGAAUGAUAAACCUGAAUGCAUGGUUGCAGCGAGUACUUCAAAGGACUCUAUCAUGAAAGAUGGUGAAGAAAAGCAAGCAGUUCCACAAAAAGUGAAGCCUUCUUCAUCAGGAAGGUCCCUGACAUCUACCUAUUUGAAAAAAGCCGGGAAAGCCGUUCCUCCAUCUACAACUACAUCAUCUCAAUAUUUGGGUACAUUAAAGGUCUUGGACAAUAAACAUUUACAGAAAUAUAGUGCUGAGCUUGACAAAGCAGAUCACUUACGGGCAGCUGUUUAUCAGGAUUGGUUGGAGAAGAAAAGAGUCUUUCUACUGGAACUACAGAGAAUUAAAAGGAACAAAACCGAAGACUUAAAGAGCAAAAUCGAAAAGAAAGAAGCUGCUAAGAAAGAGGAAGCAAUUGCAUCAUUUGAAGCCUGGAAGGCAAUGAAAAAAAGAGAAGCAAAGAAAGUAGCUGAAAAAAAGAAGCUUGAGGAGCUGAAGAAAAGAAGAGCAACAGAACAGAAUGAGGAGAAAAAAGAAGAAGCCCAAAAGGCAUUUGAAAAAUGGAAAGAAAAGAAAGCAGAAUAUCUGAGAGAACAAAGUAGAAAAGAAAAACAAGCUGAACAAAUCAGGAAGAAGAAAGAAGAAGAAGUUAUUGCAGAAAAGAAGAGAGAGAGCAUGUCUGCAGUUGAAAAAUGGAAGGAGAAAAAGGAAGAAUUUAUUAAACAAAAGAACGUAGAAAAAAUCCAUGAGAAGAAAAAUGAAGAAAUUCAGCAGGCUGAGAGGGAAGAAAAGGAUAAAAGGGCUAUUGAGGAAUAUGAAAGAUGGCUGGAACAGCCACUUCUGAAGGGCCAACUCAGCACAGCACAGAUCCAGGAAAGGCUAGCAGCAGCACCAGCUGCAAAAGAAAGGAAAGAGAGGAGGGAACUGAUUGAGAAAAAGCAAAAGAAACUCCAAGUUAUUCUUGAAGAUGAAACCCCUCCUCCUUGGAGCCCACCUGGCAAAGUUGCAUCUACAAGGAGUUACUGAUAAGUCCACCACCUUCCGUGAGGAAAGUUCAUGUCCAAAGCUCUGACAUUGUGUAAACAUUAUUCCACAACACCUGAUUUUAAAUUGAGUCAACAUCGGCUACUGCAUUGUUUCUUUUUAGGUUGAUUUAGUCUCUUUUGUGGAACACCUAAGUGCACAUCAGUUGUUCUUUUUCAUUGUAUUUCACCAAUUAUUUCAGAGUUAACUUUUUUGUUAACCUUCUAUCAGCUUGUUCAUUUUAGUGAAAAUGCACACUCAAGACCUUGAGGGCCAACACCCUUUUUUCCACUGAAUAAUAAUUUGCCCCAGGUAGUUAGUUUAUCAGAAAGCAAAUAAGGGUUCUAUUCAGCAUGAAUAAGGAAGUCAGAAAUUGGACCCAAAUGAGUAGUCUAUGUAGGGUUAAGUUAGUUCUUAUUCAAAACACAGAGCAAAGUAGUAGAAAGUACCAUAUCAUUUUACAUUCAGACAGGAUCUAAAAAUCAAGUUAUAUGUCAAAGGCAGCCAAACUUCCAAACCCCCUUAUGGGUGCAAGCAGAAGUAACAAUUGAAAUGCUUCACAGGGCCAUCCAUUUUACAUAGAUACUAUAAACCAGUGUCCAAUAUCUGAAUAGUGGUAAGCAAGACAAGGGGAAAUCAAAAUGGCAGUUUUCACUAUAUGUUGAAACUGGCAAUAUGCAGUUGUGCAGAGCACAAGGAUAGCAUAAGCUUUUGCAGCAGCAUAAGCAACUUACGCUUUUUAUAUGCUUGGAAUGCGAAGGCCUGAUAAUGCUGUCCCCAGAAAAGAAACAUCCAGAGAGGAUAUCACUGGUUUUUUAAAUAAAAUAAUCUCUUUCUUUUUGGCCUUAACUAAAUGAGAGGUAGCAAGCAUAUUCUGUGGUGAGGGCUAAAUUAAGUUUUAAUGAUCUGUGAGGCCAGUGUCCAACAAUAAGGCUGUAUAGUAACAGUGUAAAGUAAAAAGAUCAAGGCUAGGAUAUAGGCCUUAAAUAGUUAGAGAUGUGUGGUGCAGCUGGCAGAAAUUCAUGGGUAAAUUGUAAAUUUGCCAAAACUGGCUUUAAUCAUUAUAAAGCUAUUUGUGAUCUUUUUUUCUUGAAUGCAUUAAUUGGCUGGAAAAACAUUUUUAGGACUAGAGUCACAAAACUAGUGGUGAUGUUGUUCCCCUUUUGACAUAAUAGUUCAGGGGUAGAGCACCUUCCUAGAAUGUGUGAAACCCAAUAUUUUCCUUUGUCACAAAGGCUUUGCCCUGUCUUCUACCUCUUGGAGUAUCCCAAACACCAGGCUGUUGGUUAAUUUGGGAGAGGUAGGGUAUUCUGUUGAUACCGUUCUGUAUUGUAUGAAUCAGUGGUUUCAAAAUGGUGGUCUAUGAAAUCAUGGCGAAUGACCCACAGGUAAACUGGAUUGCAUUGGACCCAUAGUACAUCAUACAGUGUUUUCAACUAAAAUCUUGACAGUAAGUGUGUGCACAGUGGUCUGUGAGAAAUGUUGAGAGUUCACAAAGGUCCAGUGCUCCAAAAAGUUUGGAAUCACUGGUAAAAGUAAUUGAAUGCUCUCUGAAGCAGAAGCAAAAUUUCUGUGACUUGCCUCCCAAAGAGUACCCUCACCACCAGGCUUGAAGGACAUAGUCUCUUUCUCCUUCUCAGUAAUAAUUUAAGUAUUUUGUACAUAGUGGAACAGCUUCAACAAGAAAAACUGAGAGAGACCCACCUUGGUGUUUAGGACAAGCACCUGAAAAGCAGGUGACCAUGGGUCAAAUCCUUGCUGUGAAUCUGCAAGAUAGUGGAACUCACUUUGGGUCUCCUUUCUCUUUGUUGAGGGCUUUAAUCAGCAGGCUAUAAGGUAUUGUAAGGUGAGUCUCCCUUGGUUCUUCUUACUAGAGCUGCUCUACUUCAUACAGUCUCUUUAGGCUUGAGGUUAGGAUAUUCAACCGUAAUAUAAAAUGUACAGAUUUGUGUAACUGUUUGUUUAUACACAGUUAACAUUGCCAACAACAGAAAUUGCAAAUCCAUGAAUAUGUGUACAUGUGCACAACUGCUGGUUAGGACACUAUCCUGAGAUGUAGAGUAAGUGGAUUCAAGUAUUCUCAGAUAGAGGCAGGAUUUAAUCUGGAUUUUUUAUGUCUUGGUUGAGAGCUUUAAUCUGGAUUUAUUGAGCAAAACAUGGAAUGUCAGAGGAGGAUCCAAAUUCUGUGUCAUCUUUUCUUUAUUUUCUUUACUUUUCAUAUAAGUGACCCUAAAAAAUUAAGCAUUUCAUUUUGGGUUGAAUGAAACAUUUUGCUUCAAGCAGUAUGGCAGAUGAACAAAUCUGUUUUCACACAACGCUACUGUGCUGUGACAGGCAUUAUAUGCUUACAAAGGGACUUAAAAUUGUGGGGGAAGAAGAGAAGGAAAAGGAAGAAUCUCUACCUUAAUCCUUGUAAGGGCUACCAGAACUAAUGUGGGUUGGAUAUGCAGGACCAAGUGAACACUAUGCAUGUACUGCUCCACACCUUAAAAAAGGGGUGGUUGGGUGCUGCUUAGGGCAGAUGAGGUAUUGGGGGUGGGGUAGGCAUCAUAAUCUGCUGAUAAACAGCAGCAGAAAUUUCUGUCCUUCACCCAUCAGGAAGGAGAAAAUAGGGAAUUGUGUCUCAAAUGUGAGUCUCUUGGGAACACUUCAUGAUGCUUCUUAUGCUCCUGCCACUAGCUUAGUGCUGUCUAAAGGCAUACAAUGGACCCUACAAACAGGGUUUUGACCAUUUUUCUUGAUUAGCCUUAAUUAAAGUGUACACUGAUCAAAAUUGAGACAGCAUACUAAAAGUGCUGUCUUCUAUGAUUAAUCCUUUAAAAGACUAUCAGAGAUUUUUACAGAGCCUUAAAAAUGUGCUUUCAUGUUAGUCUUGAGGACUAAGAGCUACUGCUUUGUCAUGAUUAAGGAUGUGUUACAGAAUUCACUUUUACAGAAACUUUAAACCUGUAUUUUGUGAAAAUCUUACCAACAGAAAAACCAGAAUAUACACUUUAAGCACUAUCUGAUAGUUUUUCAUAAUAAUUGAUGGAAUAUUAGAUAAUACUGAAAACUUAAGAAUAAAAAAAACCCCUACCACUUUUGGUGAUUUCCCAUUACAACUCUGGUUUCUCACUUGUCUUUGGGGGUUUAGGUUGUAGCUGUGUUGGUCUAAGGACAUAGGCAGACAAGGUUCCUUGGGUGAAUUUGAUAUCUUUUAUUAGACCAACCCAAAUAGUUGGAGAAAAGUUAGUAAGCAAGCUUUCGGGUUCAAAAACCCUUACUAGUCAAAAACACUUUGAACCUGUUUCCUGGCCACAUGCCGACUCCAAAAAUAUCAGCAUGUGCAUAUGCAGAGGGAGAAAAAUUGCUGAUAAAACAUUUUAACACUCUAUAAUACUUUGAAAUCUGUCUCAAACCAGAUAGCCAAAAGGAAAAGAUAUGCAAUAAUAGAGGGCAGUCCAAUCUUACAACAAAGGCAUAAUAAAUUCCAACGCCUAGAAGCUUGAAAUUAAACCUCUCUAACCUUGAAUAACAUGAACUUUCUUCAUCAAACUUUCUCUCUAAUGCAAAAUCAACAGUAUUAAGCACAACAAUUUCCCAGGUGCAUGAAAAAAGCAGCGCAUCUAUCCAUUACUUUUAAUUAAUAGUGACCACACACCUUGGCUUCUAUGACGUUUUACAUUAAAGGGUGAGCAUUUGUUAUUCUUGGGCAUCUGGUGGAGAUGGAAGUAAAAGUCUUAGGAAGCACUGGAGUGUAUUAUCUACAGUGGUCUAGGCAAUAUAAAGCUGCACAAUGGGAGCAGCUACAUGGGUUCUUUAAUGCACAGUAGACUAUUUUACUGAGCAUUAAAGCAUCACAUAAAAAAAAGUGACAUUAUGCUAAUAUGCAAUAAAAUAGUCUAGUACGCAUUAAGUGUCACAAAAAAGCAUGAAAAUGGGCCACUACACAUAGAGCAACUUAAUGCCCAUUAAUUUAGUACCUCACAUUGAAGGUACUAAAUUGAAUAUGCAUUAGAAAAGGUGCGUUAAUGCAUGUGUAGAAAUGCUCAGUAAAGCUUAACUCUGUCCCCUUAACUUUUUAUUUUCCAUGACUUGGGUUUUGUUUUGAAGGAAUAUGUCCUGUAUUCUUAGCUGUUUCUAAGUAUAGUUUGCAUUUUACUUUAUGAUGUUUUUAAAAUACAGCAUACUGUAGAAAGGAUAGGUGCCUCUUAUUUGUUUGAUCCUACACUGUAUCUGGAGUUUUCUUUUUACACAAUAGAUUAUUUGUAUGGGUAUGGUGUCUGAGAACCUUACUUGUGGCCUCAAGACUGUUCUGCUGGGUUCUGUAAAACACAGAACAAAAAGAAGCUUUGCCAGGGCAACUCCCAAAAUAGCUUUGCCAGCGCAAAUCCUGGUGUGGACAGAACUAUGCCGACAAAUGAGAGUUUUAGUCUGCUUAGCCAACAGAGCUCUGCUGACUCAGCUCUAGCAACCUGGGGUAUGGACACACGUAACAGUUGAAUCAUUCUCAGAUAUCACUGACUGGGAAUCAGUUCACAAUUAUCACAGGUCAAAAGUGACCACACAUACGGUGCCAUAUAUUCCAGGUGAAACAGUCACCUUGUAGGGGUUGAAAUGCUGUGGUUCCAGCAGCAGGGUGUAGGAGUGAACACACAGCCCAUCAAGCAUCACAGGGGGUAAGUGGAGUGGGGUGCAUGUACCCACACUUUGGCGGUACCAGAGGUGGGUGACCUGUGGCCCUGGGGCAUUUUCACUUUUCUUCUUCUUUCUUAAACAUGAGUUUAGUAAAAUUCAGUAGCUGGCACUUGACUGAGCUCUGCAAUGUGCCUGCCAGACUUGAGGAACCUGAGAGUGCUUGGAUCCAAGCUUUAGGGUUCCAGAGGAUGGGGGACAUGAUGGCGGGGCUGCAGUCAAGUAGGGACUGAGGACACAGGUGAUUGUUAGGAAGGUGGCUUUUAUUAAAUAAGUAGUACAAGGGAGCGCAUUGAUUAAAAAAAAUACAAACAAAAGGGGAUAGUAGAGUUCGGACGACAUGCCAAAGUGGCCAUUUACAGGUGUGUUUGUGGUUGGAGGUGAUAGUGCGGAAGGCCUAGGGAACCAACCAGACCCAUGCCAGAGAACCCUUCUGGAGACUUUACACAUGCUCUGGGGUGGGGGGCGCUUUAAUUAGAGUGAUGCUGAGAACCACUGUAAUUAAAGCACCCACAGCAUCAUGUGUAUUCAGCAUCCUGCACUUUAAAAGGGCAGCAGGGGUGCUUUAACUAAAGCUCAUUGAAUGAGCUUUAAUUAAAGCACCCUCACCAUUUUGAAGCAUGGGGACACUGAAUACACGUGAUGCAGAGGCUGCUGGAGCAUGCUAAUUAGCACGCAUUGAAGCAGACACCUGGCAUGUGUAUAGUACCCUUGAUGUCCACACAUAACAUUGAGCUUGUUUAGAGUGAACUGGUUCAAAGAAACAUUUGAUUUUCCAGGUCCAUUUUUAACAAUUCCAGGCAGUUUUAAACUAGUUUAACAGGCUUGUACAUCUGUCCACUUCAGGUUUAACCUGCAUUUAAACUGGUUUAAGUGUCAUGUGUCCAUACCUAAUAGACUUCAUAGCAUAGACAGAGCUGAAGAUAAGAAACAAUAGAUGCAUACAGACAGAUUGAAAAGUAUCAGGAAACAAUGAGACAAUAGUAGCCAUCAGGAUAGGGAGUGGUAUCAGCACACCUGUGACCAAACCCGUAUCAAAUCUUUUGCAAAAUCAUAGCCAAGGAGGGUCUUAAGGAAAGAUCUGAAGGAGGAUAAUGAAGUGGUUACACUGAAACUGGGUCACGAAUGCUUGAAGUUCUGAUUUACCAUUUACUGAGUUACCAUUUUCUAAAUAGAUUUAACUCUGUCUUCUAUAUAGACCUGUAUACCUCAGUCUUCAGGUUCAUAUACUUGCUUGAUUUCCUCCCUUAUGGGGAUUUUACAAAUAAAUGCCUGGCUAUAGUUGGUUCUGAUUACGUACAAGAAAAAUGUGGAACGUUUAGCAUUAGUUCCCAUCUUUAGUUUUGGGGAUGGUUGUUUUUACUGAGUACUUCGUGAAAUAAAACCUAGAGAAGUCCUGUGACAUGCAACUAGUAUAAGAUGCAUUGCUAUUGAAAGGAAAUAACUGUCAUUUUUCUAUAACUAUUUUGAGUGAUUGCAUUAAGAGCAAGAUUUGCUGAUCUUGAAAAUAAAUUUGACAGUAAGCAACAUUUAGGAAAACGAAAGGUAUGAAGACUGCAGCUUCAGUGUGUGAUUGCUUCAAGGUCAGGAGAAUUUGAGGUGAAUAAUGCAGAAACUAGAGUGUCAGGUGAGAUUUGGGAUACUGUUUUAUAUGAAUUUUUCUUUUUUGCAAAACUCAGCAAGUAAAACAAGUCCAUGCACUUGAAAAGCAGUUUGGAUUUUUGACAGGAAUCUACAACAGAGUAAUAAAAACAGGUAAGGACAGAAUCUGGAAAAGGUUAAAUUGUUUUAAUUUAUCAUUUGGCUUUGGGAAAUUGUUCAUCUUUAUUUCUCUCAGUUUUGUAAGUGUGGGACAGAAGUGAGCUAUUUACAAAGGAUUUAAGGGAAGAGUUGAUAAUGACCAGUCACUCAAAGGAAUAAUAAAAUACACUUGAAACACACAUAGAUUCUCAGUUCUUCAACCCAAAGGUAACAGUGUAAGGUAAAGAAACAUAGCCUUAUCACUACACAGAGCCAACUCUAGGUAAUGAUGAUAAAAAACUGCAACAGACAUGCAAAAGUAGUUAAUGUGUGCAAUUCAGCAUUUCAUAUUACAGUGGAGAGUUAUGAUCCUUGUACAAUUUGUUUACCUCCUAAAUACUUAGGUCAUUUUUCAGCGUGACAUAUCUUUGCAAGGAAAAAGAUCUGAUAAAAAUAGAAAUAAAUGCAUUUCAACUUCUAGAAAACACUUGUAUAUUUUAUCUUAUUCAGGCAAAUGCUGUAAAUAGAUUUAUUGUUCUUAUGUAGCACUUGGAAGGGAAAUAUUUUAGUAUUUAAUAAAGUUUAUUUUUAUACAACAGAA